GCGCCCGGCGCUGCUCCUGCUCCUCGCUGCUGGACGAGGAGUGCGUCUACUUCUGCCACCUCGACAUCAUCUGGAUCAACACCCCCGAGAAGACUGUUCCAUAUGGUCUUGGAGGGCCUUCUCGAUCCAGAAGAUCGCUGAAGGACAUGGUGCCAGAGAUGCUCACUGAACCUAACAGUAGAUGCCGAUGUGCCAACCAGAAGGACAAGAAAUGUCUGAACUUCUGCCAGACAGGAAAAGAUCUCUGGGAUCAAUCCACAGUGGAUAAAACCUCACGUCACCGCAACAAAGCUGGCAAUUGCAUCGGACCCAAAUGCAUGAACCAACAGCUUGUUGACAGCAAGAAAAUGAAGCGGCUGGAAGCCAUUGGUAACAGUAUCAAAGCAUCCUUCAGUAUUGCAAAGCUGAAGGCUGAGCUCCAGAAAGGGCGGAAGCUGAAACAUAACAGGGCGAACAAAAAGCAAAGCAUCUGGGAAAGCCUGGAAGCAUCCUAGUGGGAAGAUCACCCGAAUCUUUCUCCAUCACACUUGCUGACAAAGCGCCACC